UUAAAAAAAAAAAAAAAUAGAUCUCUAAAGAAGGUUUGUGUUGGCAUUUUUUUAUUUCUCUAACAAAUGUGCUUUUGUCUUCCCUCCCUUCCCCUCUAUAGCAUAGCAUAUUUGUUAAUAUUCAUUCCUUUCUCCCACAUUUUCCAAUCUUUGUCAUUAAUUACAUCCCACCUUCCCCUCCCCCCCCCCCCCCCCCUCUCUCUCUAUUUUCUCUCCAUCCGUUUCUUACUUUCUAAUUUUCUCCACCAAAUCCCCCUCUCAAUAUUCAUGUUCAUUACACAAUAUUACUAGUAAUUAUUUGUAUAUAUUCCAUUAUAUUAACCAUAAGUCUUGCCUUUUACUAUGCCUUUCCUAUAACCACCUUCAUUUUUUCCUUUUCAUAGUUAUAUAUAUAUCAUCCAUUCUUCCUAGUAAUAGUACUAUUAUUACAUAUAUACUCGUGCUUCUCAUUACAACAAGUAUUUAAUCUACUCAAAACCAUGUGUAUAUAGUUAUUAUCAUUGAAUUUUUUUUUUUUCCUUACCUUGUUCACAAUAUAUAUAGAGAGAAAUUAAAGAGAUCAAUGGAAUACGGGAGUACCGGAGGUGGUGCUGCUUCCUCAAGUGGUGGCGGCGACGCCGCGGAUGCUCAACGGAAGAAGAAAUGCUUCCAUAGACACACUGCACACCAAAUUCAAAGCCUUGAAGCUGUGUUCAAAGAAUGUCCGCACCCAGACGAGAAGACCAGGUUGCAGUUAAGCAGAGAUUUGGGUUUGGCUCCUCGUCAAAUAAAGUUUUGGUUCCAAAACAGGAGGACUCAAUUGAAGAGUCAACACGAGCGAGCAGAUAACAGUGCACUUCGAUCAGAAAAUGAUAGAAUUCGAUGUGAAAAUAUCGCGAUGAGGGAAGCCAUCAAGAAUGUGAUAUGUCCCUCUUGUGGAGGUCCUCCAGUUGAACACACUUAUUUUGAUGAACAGAAAUUGAGGAUGGAAAAUUUGCAACUAAAAGAGGAGCUUGACAAAAUUUCAAGCAUUGCUGCAAAGUAUAUGGGGAGGCCUAUUGCACAGCUCCCACCAGUGCAACCUGUUCAUCUGUCCUCACUAAACUUAAUGUCCAUGUCUAAUUUCGGACUACCUGGCCCUUCACUUGAUCUCGAUCUUCUCCCUGGAAGUUCGACAAGUACUGUUCCAAGUUUAACAUUUCCUACAUUGAACAUUUCUGACAUGGAUAAGUCCCUCAUGGCUGAUAUUGCUGGCAAUGCCAUGGAGGAACUGAUUAGGCUUUUACAAACUAACGAACCUUUGUGGACAAAGUCUACAACUGAUGGUAGACAUGUUCUUAAUGUCGAUACCUAUGACCAGAUUUUUCCGAAGGCUAACAGUUCGUUGAAAAAUCCAAAUGUUCGCGUUGAGGCUUCCAGGGAGUCGGGUGUUGUGAUCAUGAAUGGUUUGGCCUUAGUUGAUAUGUUCAUUGAUGUGAAUAAAUGGGCGGAAUUCUUUCCUACAAUUGUUUCAAAGGCAGGAACACUUGAAGUAAUAUCAUGUGGCAUAAUGGACAGCCGGAGUAGUACAUUACAAUUGAUGUAUGAAGAACAGCAAGUGCUUUCCCCAUUAGUCCCAACGCGACAUUUGUAUUUCCUACGGUUUUGCCAGCAGAUUGAGCCAGGCUCAUGGGCAAUUGUCGAUGUUUCUUAUGAUAUUACUCAAGAAAAUUUGUAUCCUCCCUCUUCAUGCAAGGUUCAUAAGCUUCCAUCUGGAUGCUUGAUACAAGACAUGCCGAAUGGUUAUUCCAAGGUAACUUGGUUGGAACAUGUUGAAGUGGAAGAGAAAGGUUCAAUUCAUAGGCUAUAUAGAGAUCUUAUACAUAGUGGUAUGGCAUUUGGAGCAGAGAGAUGGCUUGGUUCUCUUCAGAGAAUGUGUGAGAGAGAUGCUUGUCUAAUGGUUAGCGGCAACUCUUCUCGUGAACUUGGAGGAGUGAUUCCAUCACCAGAAGGGAAGAAGAGCAUGAUGAAAGUGUCUCAAAGAAUGGUGAGCAGUUUCUGUGCCAGCAUAAAUCCGUCCAAUGGACACCAGUGGAACAACAUUUCUACAACGAAUGAGUUUGAAGUCAGAGCCACCCUUCAAAAGUGCACCGAUCCUGGCCAGCCCAAUGGCGUAGUUAUCAGUGCAGCCUCCACAAUUUGGCUCCCGGUUCCUCCACAACAUGUCUUCAACUUCCUCAGGGACGAAAGGACUCGGUCUCAGUGGGAUGUUCUUUCCAACCAAAAUCCAGUACAAGAGGUAGCUCACAUUGCAAAUGGCUCUCAUCCAGGGAAUUCUAUUUCUGUGCUCAGGGCCUACAACACUAGCCAGAAUAACAUGUUGAUACUUCAAGAAAGUUGCAUAGACUCUUCAGGUUCACUAGUAGUCUACAGCCCUGUGGAUUUACAAUCCAUCAACAUUGCCAUGAGUGGUGAAGACACCACCUACAUCCCACUGCUACCCUCAGGUUUCACUAUAUUGCGGGACGGCCGACACGACGGAGGGUCCAAUGAGGCAUCCAUGAAUAAUAAUAAUGAUACCAUGGGAGAACACAACAGGACAGGAGGGGGAAGGGGUGGGGGGUCACUAGUGACAGUGGCAUUCCAGAUAUUGGUGAGCAGUUUGUCAUCAUCAGCCAAAAUGAGCCCAGAAUCAGUAAACACAGUUAAUAACCUUAUAGGCAACACUAUCCACCAAAUUAAAGCUGCCUUGAAUUGCUCCAAUUUUGAAUUUAAUUCAGCUGCUGCUUUAAAUACUGAGUACAGAUGAGAAGUUGAAUCAUGAAUUCAAUGAGGGAAAAAAAAGGGAAAGAGAUCUUAUUUGGAGUUAGUUGAGAAUUUUCAAUGCUAUGCUUCUUCUUUUUUUUUUUUUUUUUCAUCAAUACGUAGUCCUGGAGCUGACACAAUGCUUAAUACAUCCAUAUGCCCCUCCUGCUACUACUCCUGCCAAAAGCUUUAUUACACUUUAACUACUCAUAGCUAGUUUCCCCCUUCUUUUUUUGCUUUUGAAAUAUUGGUUUCUCUUCUCCGUUUUGCUUAAAAGAGAGAGUCUAGAACCGCGUAAAUGCAGCACCGAUCUGUCCUUGUUUUAUAUAUUAUUUUUAGCGAGUCAAGAACGCACCAUACAUGUUUAUUUUAUUGAGGCAAGAACUUUGUAUGGUUCGGGUAUUGACUUCUACACAUGGAAUUUUCCUUCAUCAAUCUAACUAACUAUGAUGUGUAUCAUUUUCUCUC